GCCUGUGUUUGAGCAUUGCGAAGACUGAGAGAACAAAUCAGCUGAGGGUUACCAGCUGUUGUUUCCAAUAGCCGUCUGGCUAACGUUUUCUUUCCUGAUACUCAGGGAUGGGAAUCGAAGCAGCAGAAUCAGUGACCUGCUCUUACAAGCCCUCGACGACCUUUCUCAGGAAGACUUGAAAAUAUUUAAAGACAAACUAUCACACUCUGACUUUGAAGGGAAACGUAAUAUCCCACAGGGUCUGCUGGAGAAUGCCGACAGGAUAGAUAUUAAGAACCUUCUGAUGAAAUUCUAUGGGUGGAGACACUGCAGUACAUGUAACCAUAGACAUUUUCACUCAGAUCAAUCUCACAGAUUCUGCUGCUAAACUCAGAGAAGGAAGAGAAAAAGAUUUGCAUCCAAAAGAAAAAACAUCAGAGUUGUCUGCAAAAGAUUACAGGAAGAAGUAUAAAGAAGAUAUUCAAAAGAAAUACAGAGUAAUAAAAGACAUGAACAGUCGUUUUGGAGAGAAUGUGAUACUGAACACAAGAUACACAAAGCUCACUAUUGUAGACAAAUCUCGUCAUGCAAAAGAGAGAGAACAUGCAAUAAUGGCCAUGGGGCGGAGACAUGCAGAAAUCAUGACCAAACAAGCUCGUUCUGUGAUCACCACGGACACCCUAUUCAAACCCGAAGAAGAUGGACAAACGCCACAUGUUGUUGUGCUGCUGGGAGCUGCGGGGAUUGGAAAAACAAUGACAGCAAGAAAGAUCAUGUGUGACUGGGCAGCUGGAGAAAUCUAUAAUGAAAAGUUUGAUUAUGUUUUCUACAUAAAUUGUAGGGAAAUGAACUGUCUUACUAAGCAGGGAAGUGUAGCUGACCUGAUUUGUAAAAAUUGUCCUAAUUCUAAUACACCAGUUAGUGAGAUUUUGGUGAAACCAGAAAAACUCCUGUUCAUCACUGAUGGGUUUGAUGAACUGAGAUUUUCCCUUGAUCAGUCAGAAGAUAACCUGUGCUCUGAUCCCUGGGAGAUGAAACCAGUGGAAAUCAUAUUGAGCAGUUUAUUUAGGAAAAUAGUUCUUCCCACAUCCCACUUUCUGAUCACUAUGAGACCAACUACUUUGGAGAAACUCGGGCAGUGUUUGGAGUGUUCACGUUAUGCAGAGAUCCUGGGGUUUUCUGAAGCUGAGAGGGAGGAAUAUUUCCACAAGUUCUUUGGAAAUGAGAGGCAAGCAAGACAAGCUUUAUGAUUUGUGAAAGAAAAUGAAAUUCUCUUCACCAUGUGCUUUGUCCCUAUAGUAUGUUGGAUCAUCUGCACUGUUGUCAAACAACAGCUUGAAAAAGGUGAGGAUCUUGCACAAACUUAAAAAACAGUUACUGGAGAGUACAUGCUCUACCUUUCCAGUUUAGUCAAGCCCCUCAGCAGCAAUAUGAAGCAACACCUACAAGCUAACUUGAGGGGACUUUACUCCUUGGCUGCUGAUGGAAUCUGGAAGCGAAAGAUACUGUUUGAGGAAGAAGAAAUCAAGAUGUUGGGCUUAGAUCAGGCAGACUCUCUCCCCCUCUUUUUGAAUGAGAACAUUUUUUAAAAAGACAUUGACUGUGAAUGUCUUUACAGCUUCAUUCACUUGAGUUUCCAAGAGUUUUUUGCAGCUAUGUUCUAUGUGCUAGAGGAAGAUGAGGGAACAACAAAAGAUUCAGGGACUCCUAAGAAAGAUGUAAAAACAUUAUUAGAAAACUAUGGAAACUCUAGAAAUUAUUUAAUGUUAACAGUGCGAUUCCUGUUUGGGCUCUUAAAUGAAGAAAGAAUGAAAGACCUAGAGAAAAUAUUCAGCAGUAAAAUUUCAUAGAAUCAUAGAAUAUAAGGGUUGGAAGGGACCCCAGAAGGUCAUCUAGUCCAACCCCCUGCUCGAAGCAGGACCAAAUCCCAGUUAAAUCAUCCCAGCCAGGGCUUUGUCAAGCCUGACCUUAAAAACCUCUAAGGAAGGAGAUUCUACCACCUCCCUAGGUAACGCAUUCCAGUGUUUCACCACCCUCUUAGUGAAAAAGUUUUUCCUAAUAUCCAAUCUAAACCUCCCCCACUGCAACUUGAGACCAUUACUCCUCGUUCUGUCAUCUGCUACCAUUGAGAACAGUCUAGAGCCAUCCUCUUUGGAACCCCCUUUCAGGUAGUUGAAAGCAGCUAUCAAAUCCCCCCUCAUUCUUCUCUUCUGCAGGCUAAACAAUCCCAGCUCCCUCAGCCUCUCCUCAUAACUCAUGUGUUCCAGACCCCUAAUCAUUUUUGUUGCCCUUC